CUAGUAUAUACAGUACCUGUUUUAUGCACACUUUAUACAAGCCUCUGGUGCAUUGAGAGCCUGACUAAAUUUACAGACAACAGGCAGCCACACCUCGCAGAAAUCAUCUACUGAAUUUUGGCUCAUUUUUCUGGAAAGAAACCAAGGAUUCUGUAAUCGACAUGUCUGACAGGAGAAUCGGAACUGAUGCUUUCGAAGUGGCUGCCGAGGAGAUCAAACGUCUCAAUAAAGUGCCCGACAACCAGGAACUGUUGGACACCUACAUGUACUACAAACAGGUCAUUGUAGGCGACUGCAAUACAGCGAGGCCAGGGAUGUUGGAUAUGAAGGGCAAAGCUAAAUGGGACGCUUGGAAUGGAAUCAAGGGAAUGGCCAAGGAGGAGGCAGAUAGACUGUACAUAGAAUAUGUCAACAAACUCAAGGAGAAAUAUGGUCUACAACAAUAGUUUUGCCUCGACAAUGGCUUUUAUAAAUUUACGUCGGGAUAUGUAAUUUUUUUGUUGCUGUAAUUUGACAAUCUGAUAUUCAUACAUCCAAUUUCGGCCCAAUUUGUGAGUAUUGGUGUUUUGUAUGUUUGGUAUGGUGGUUAUUCGAAGACGUAUCGUGACGUUGCUUCUAAACAAAGUUAACCUGCAGUGUCGAUUCCAAAAAUGAUUUGAGAUUUUACUCGUCUCAAAAUAGACAAAUAAACAUGCUGCAGCCAUGAACAAGCUUAGAUUACGCAACUGUACUUACAUAACCGCCUUUGUCCAAUCAAAAGGAGCAUUGGAAGUUGUGUCAGGCUCAUUGACCAAUCAAAUGCUGCGUAAGAAGCUGCGUGCCUGAACCAUAUCACUGUCCAGCUGAUAAGCUGUAAUGACUGAUUAAAAAGAUCAUGGUUAUCUAUCAUAGAUUAUUCAAAUAAGAAAAUAAUAGCCACCAAUCAGUGGUGGUGUAACAAUUCAGCUGGUUAUCCAUUGACCAAUGACUUACUCUGUAUGAUAGCUGUCUUGACAUGAAGCUUGAACUUGUUGACCAAUCGGAAGUGAUUCCUUUAAUAUUAUGCUCACCUCAAGUGACCAAUUAACAAUUGUGUUGCAAAAACAAUUAACCAAUCACAGGUGUUGUUUCCUGUCGGGCUGUUACUCAGGGUCGACCACAAAAGAGCUGCAGAACAAACUUUUGUAUUGUGCUACAACUUGUCAAAGCCCCGCCUCACUGGACAAUUCCACCAAUCAAAAUCAGUUUCUCUUUUAUCACCAGCCAAUCACGUGGCCUGUACUAAGCCACACACUACACUUUACCCAAAAAGUAACCAAUAAAAAUCUGUCUUUAUCUUACCACUUUGUAAGAAUAGAUUUCAUUAAGAUGAAUAAUUUGUUGAAAUAUUCACUUACCUCAUACAGCAGAUUGUAUCAAGGCAUUUGUUGAAGCACAAAAGGAACUUUUUUUAUGAACUAUUAGUUUGGAAUUUGUUUUAAAAUGGAAGAUUUUUCACUGCCUUGUGUCACUGCCUUGUGUUAUUUGUAGGUGGGUUUUAAUAUGACACAAUUUUAAUUUUAGUUAUUUUGGUAUUGUAUGGAAUCUUAAGUUGCAAUGGAAAAUAAAUUUGGAACAAAAUCUCGAAAUUUU